AUGACCCGAACGGGGCAAGCUCACGGAGACGACGAAAAUAUCGCCGCCCACAGCUCAUCCUCCGCUCCGCAGCAAAUCUUCCACGGCGAUACAACGACGAAAGCGCUGGUUAGCGAGCCGACAGCUCUGGAAGAUAAGCCUGUCCCGAGCUUUUGCGACACGUGUACAGUGGACACCUGUCCCCUUCAGCAAGCAAAAGAAAAAGUUUCCUACGCAGUCAUAUUUAUUGGGGGAAACGAAAUGACAAGAAUAGAGACAGAAAGCACCCGCGCUCCAUUCUAG